CUGGAUACUGCGGUGGCACUGUUCAGUCAAGGCCAAGGCUCGGCACUCUCAAGGUGGCGCUGUUCCUCUAGGGGCUGACCCAGUGCCUCUCAUGCGCGGAGUGACGGAAGCAGCGCGCGCCAUUCCGCUCUUUCAUUAUUCCCGGUGCAGGUAACCCGGUGCGAGUAACGUGGUGCGAAUAAUCAUAUGCGAUUAACCUGGAAUGUUAUGAUAAAAGCCUUUAGGAUUAGUACUUAGACAUGUUAUUGCGAGUGAGAGACCGGGCGGGAGUGCCUGGCUUGGUCUGCCUUGUGGCGUGCGUGCUGGCGGACAUCACCCACGCCCUCAGACAUGGACACGAACCCGGCAGCAGAGCGGGCCACCGACUCCAACAACUCUUCCCGGAGGAGGAGGCUGUCUUGGCGGACUUCGCGAGUGAUGUCAGCGGCUCUACCAGACGCCGAUGCCGUCGCGACAUCGUGGAGAAGAUCCGGGAAGCCUCGAGCACCCGCCUUCUCUCCGCAGGCAGCCUGGGUUCCUCCUUCUCCCAAGGGUACAUCGACCUGGGCUCCCGGGACCUCGUGGAGGAGGGCGCCGCCACGCUCGCCUUCGUCUUCGACACCACAGGUUCCAUGUCCGACGACCUCAUGCAGGUGAUCAACGGCGCCAGCAGGAUCCUCAAGACGGUCCUUGAGAAGUUCGAGCGACCCAUCCACAACUACGUCCUCGUGCCCUUCCACGACCCCAGUGAGUGCUUCUGCUUUUGUUUACGAGUCUAGAGGGAGAGAGAGAGA